AGCUUUAUCUUUCUUUCUUUAACUCUGAUUAAGUUCUAGAAUUGAAUUGUUGUUUCUGCAGAGUUUUGGUGGCUUAUGUGCAUUGAUGUGUAUGAAGCUGGUUUCGAACAAGUUGUUUGUCAAAACGAAGAGUACCACAAGAGAUUCCUGAAGAUAUUGAGAUUGUUCAUGAACUUGUGAAUUGAGGGGUGAGGAGAAAGGGCCAAAACAUUCUCUAAUUGGCUACAUUGAAAACUAACAAGAUGUAUGUAUGUAAACGUCAAGCUAGUGGUGGAAACAGCUUCUCGGAUUUCGAGUAUUAGGCUUUCGGUGACGAAUGAGUGUAUAUGCAUUCGGGUCUUUGUGAUGCUGGGAGACAAGUUCUUGAUCAUUUUUGGGGAAUGAUAAAUGGGAAAAAAAAAGCCUCUCUUUUGAUGAUCUCUGUUUUGAUCAUUUGUAGUAGCCACUGGUUUGUGUCGUGUGGAUGUGGGUUUCUUGUUUAUACCUUCAUUGAGGAUUGAGUAGAAAAGAAAGAAUAAUGAAUAAGAAUGUCUUUGCUUUUUGAGCUCACUUUCAUGGACAUGAACAUGAAGAUCUUCUUAUAAGCGACCAACAGUAAGUAUAUAUACUAAAUAUGUUUUCAUAUGUCAAAAUCCGUUGUAGUCUAGCUGGUUAGGAUACUCGGCUCUCACCCGAGAGACCCGGGUUCGAGUCCCGGCAACGGAGUUUCUUUUUGGAUAUUCCAUUCGGUAGUCGUACGAUAACCGGUUCUUGGUUCUAUCGGGUCAAUUUAAACAAUUAUUUAUCCCGACAGUACCUACUUGAUGCUUCACUAGAUACAUGCAACACCCCUUUUCCCUUUGUUUAUUUUUUUUCUUUCCUCUUGUUGUCUGUAUGGUUAAGAAACAAGAUAGUUACUGGCCCUCCUCACCUACAUAUGAAAGUACGACUUGGAACUUCUCAUGGUUUAUGAUUAUCACGAUAGUCUUGUUAAUGACAUAAAAUAUUUAAACGUUUCCACUCGUGGAAGUUUAUAGUAAUCUGCAAUCUGGCAUUCCAUUACAAGAACGAAAACUAUCGAAAUAAAAGCAAUAACGAUCAUGAUUGAUGAAACGAACUCACUGAAAACAGAUAAACAACAAAUACCACACAUGUCAUCAUGUCAAUGUCAAACUGCUGAAGCAUUUAAACAAAAUAAGAUAAAACUGGUUGACCAUCCUUUGGCCACAAAGUGAAGUCACCAUGCACAAAACCUAUAACAAGAACCCUAAUAAAUGCAAAGCUUUUAAUAUUUUGCCAAACUUUUGUAUUCAAUGCAGUUAGCUACAUUUUCCUACCCACCUCCCAACAAAAAAAAAUAAUAAUCUCCAUCACUCUUGUUUCCAUCUUUCAAGCCACAUGGCCCUAACCUCUUUCUUCGCCAUCAAAUGUCAACCGCCACAACCACCUUCCUUCCUCCUCCUCCUCCUCCAGUCCCUAUCCCUACUUACAUAACCAGCCUCGGCCUUGGCUACUCCAUAGCCAUAGCUCUUGGUUUCCUCAUCCUCAUCUCCACCAUCAUCCUCUCUUCCUACAUCUGUUGCCGCGCCUCCCGCCUCCGCUUCUCUACCUCCGCCGCAAACUUAGACUCUUCUUUCGGUAACCGUAGCAUAAUCGUCCCAAGAAUCAUGUUCGUAGCCGAUGGCGAUGAUCUUGAGUCAGCUCCUUCUGGUAACAUCGUCGUAGGUGGACUCGAGCAACCGAUCAUCAACUCUUACCCUAAAUUCCGUUACACUAAAGGUAUCACCGUCGACGCAUCAUCAGGUGAUGAUGAACUUCAAGGCGGAGACGGAGACACGACUUGUUCCAUCUGUUUAUGUGAGUAUAUGGAAGAAGAGAUGGUAAGGAUGAUGCCCGAGUGUAAACACUACUUCCAUGUCUCUUGUCUUGACGCUUGGCUUAAGCUCAAUGGUUCUUGUCCCGUUUGUCGAAACUCUCCACUACCGACGCCGCAGUCAACCCCUCAGUCAACACCACAGUCGACUCCAUUGUCGGAAGUUGUCCCGUUGUCUCAAUACGCAGCUGAUCGGAGAAGAACGAGAAGUUAAUACAUUUGUUUUAGUUUUUGUUGGGAGAUUGCAUGUAUUCAAAAUUUUAUUAUUGUUAUUGGAAUGAUAUUAUUCAAAAUAUUGAUUGAGUUGCUUUACUUUACU